UCAAACACGGCUCUUUUCACAUUUUUUGAGUUAUUCUCCUCAUUUAUUAAACAAAAAGUUCUAAUUUCUAAUAGUAAACUUUGCAAAAUACCUCCAUGUUGAAAUUUUCUAUAUCAAAAUGUAUCAAACUCCAUCACAUUCGUCGUCAGACACUAUCAACCCUUCGAACAUAAGAUCUGUGGUUUGCGCGACGUGUCUCAGUAAUAACCGUAUUUUGCGCCCAGUUAUGGAAAUUCCGCACCUUAUAAACACUUGUGUUGGCUUGACACUGGACCCUGAAGACAACAUUUGCUGGGAGUGCCGCGCUAUCCUCACCAAGGUGUCGAAGUUUGUGCAACUAGCACACCGCUCCAGUACCGUGCUGAGAUGUUUGUCACAGUUAGAUAAGGCUACAAACUACGGUCAGCGAGGUAUUCUAGUGCAAAGCCUUUCAACACUCACUCAGAGCAAGCCAAAGGACACAUACAACGCCAUCUACAGGCAUGAGGAGGACAAACACAAUUCUGAACUGCAGAAUAUGGAAUUUCAAUACACAAUGCCUGAGCCACAGAAACUUAGUAGCGUUUACCAUGCAAUGUAUGUGAAUGAAGACUUCCUUCAGCCAAAAAAGGAGAUUAUUUCAUUGAAUUGUGAGUUUGAGAUAGAAUGUGGGGUCAAACAAGAACAGCUUGACACAAUGGAGGAUGGCGGACACGCAAUGCCAUAUGUGAUUGCUAAAGAGCUUCCCCCCGCUACAGUAAUAAGACAGAAGUCAGCCAAGCCCCGCACACAGAGACAAAAGAAAAGCAAAAGAAAAAAAUCAACAUCAGAUGAUGAUGACAAAUCAAUGGAGCCGUACUUUAGUGAACCAUUUGAGGAACCAAGUAAAGAUGAUGAUGGUAAUGAUGAUGAAAAUCCAAAAUCUGAUGAACAGAAAGAAUAUUUGGAGAAAAUCCUGAAUGAACAUGAAAUGUUGGCCUUCAGAGAGAAGAUGAAGGAAUUCAGGUUUUACAAGACUAGUCCACAUCGUUGCGUGAAGUGUUUAAUUUCGUUCGCCUCCGAAAAAAUGUUGUAUGAGCACAAUACUUUACAUAGUGAGAACUUAGGUCCCUUUUCGUGUCGGAUAUGUGAACAGAGGUUUCCCGUCGCAUCGGACGUCGACUUACACGUCAAAACACAUUACAAGUAA